UCGGAUCAGACAGACCUUGUCUGUAUGUCAGUCCGAACUGGAGACCUGCAACACAGACUGGAUCCAAUUUGAUCAGGUAGAACUAAUAUGACAGUCAUAUCUUGCAUGCAGACAGGAGGAACAGCAGGAACUUUGCAGUAAAUUUCCGGAAAGUAUUUGCCUGCAGGCUGCAGACUUUAGUUUGGCUGUUAUGAUGUGAUCAGAAAUGACGGCUGACAGUCGGGAAAUAAACGCGUUUUGUGGCGCAGAGGCCAGAGAAUUGUGAAUUAAAGAUCCAGGCGUGUUUCCAACCAAACCCUCGGGUUUUAUGAGCGUUUUUCACCGUGUAUUUAACGGAAGACAGGGGAAUUUAAAUGCACCUAGAGGCACUGAACCGAAUCAACAUUGAUCCUGAACGCCUGGAAACCAGAUGUGACCACCACUGGAAACCAGUAUGACCACCGUUAACCUGGUUCACAUGGACAGUGAAUGAACUGUACCAGGAAACAACCGUCAUCUAAUAAGGAUCCUAAUAACAUAAGAUGCUGGUGAAGUCUGCAGGGCCUCAUUGAAGUCCCCAGAUUAACGUCACAGGAAAACCCCUGCUGGUAAAAUCAGCUUCCUGCUGAUGCAGGUCAGCUCUUCCUCCAAAGCAUCAUCAUCCUCUUCACCAACGUCAUCUUCGUGGGUUUGGAUCCACUGUCAUGGCCAGUGCUCUGAGGAUGAGUGAGGCUCAGUACAACAUGAACAUAUAUGAAAAUGAGCUGCUGAUGCAUCUGACGACAUAUGACUACAUUCCUCCCAUGGACAUUAAGACGGAGCCCUACGUACCUGAGACAGCUCACGGCCCUUACAUUCAGAUCAUCGAGGAGCCCAAACAGAGAGGAUUUCGUUUCCGGUAUGAGUGUGAGGGUCCGUCUCACGGCGGGCUCCCCGGGGCCUCCAGUGAGAAGAACAGGAGAACAUAUCCUACCGUCAAGGUGAAUAAUUAUGUGGGUAUUGCCAGGGUGGAGGUCCAGCUUGUGACCCACACCGACCCCCCCUGUGUGCAUGCUCACAGCCUGGUUGGCCGACAGUGCACGGAAAAUGGCACGUGCACACUGGACGUGGGCCCCAACGACCUCACCGCAUCCUUCAGUAAUCUGGGAAUUCUCCAUGUAACCAAGAAGAGUGUUGUGGAGGUUCUGACCAGGAGGCUGAGAGAGGAGAAGAGACGCCAGAAAGGAACGCGCUAUGAUUCUGCCGAAGCAGAGCAAAAUGCAAUACUGAAAGAAGCCAAGGAGCUUGGCAAAGUGAUGGACCUGAAUAUUGUGAGGUUAAAGUUCACGGCUUACCUACAGGACAGUAACGGAGGCUUCACCAGAGCGCUCAAACCAGUGGUGUCCAAUCCCAUUUAUGACAGCAAGUCUCCAAAUGCCUCCAACCUGAAGAUCUCUCGCAUGGAUAAAACCUGUGGCUCGGUUCUGGGAGGAGACGAGAUCUUCCUGCUGUGUGACAAAGUCCAGAAAGAUGACAUAGAGAUCCGUUUUUUUGAAGACGAGGAGGGAGGAUGGGAAGCGUUUGGUGACUUUUCACCCACAGACGUGCACAAACAGUACGCCAUCGUGUUUAGGACACCGCCAUAUCACAGCACAGAGAUCGAGCGUCCGGUCAACGUCUUCUUGCAGCUGAGGAGGAAGAAGGCGGGUGACAGCAGUGACCCCAAACAAUUCUCCUACAUCCCCCAGAACCAAGACAAAGAGGAGGUGCAGCGGAAGAAGCAGAAACCCCUCCCCCACUAUGAUCCGUGGCGAGGAGGAGGUGGCGUUGGUGGAUUUGGAGGAGGUGGAACAGGAGGAGGGGGGGGUGGAGGUUUCCAGUUUAACCAGCAGAUGAAUGGUGGAGGAGGUGGCGGGAACUUUUAUACAGGAGGCUUCAUGGGCUAUGGCGGAGGGGGAGGAGCCCAGAUGUCAGGCUCCACCCCUCUGACAGGAAGCAGUCAGCAACAGACAGAUGUAACCCAACAACAGACAAAUGUAACCCAACAACAGACAGAUGUAACCCGACAACAGACAGCAAGACAGACAGGUUCACAUUUACAACAGCACCUCCUCCAAUUAGCUGCUUCCCUCCACAGUAGAGCCAGUCAGACAGCCAAGCAGACUGCCAGCGCUCUGCUACACUACUGCAGCACGGGAGAUGUUCGGGUCCUUCUGGCAAUCCAGAGACACCUCAUUGGGGUCCAGGAUGACAAUGGAGACACUCCUUUACAUUUGGCCAUCAUCCAUCAGCAAAGUGGAGUCAUCCAGCAGCUGAUUCACAUUCUGAUGAACAGCCAACAGAACCGAGUCCUCAACGCAGCAAAUCACCUCAGACAGACUCCUCUGCACUUGGCGGUGAUCACGCGGCAGUGGAAGGUGGUGGAGGUCUUGUUAAGGGCAGGGGCGGACCCCGGCCUGCUAGACUUGGAUGGACGCAGCCCGCUCCACUUGGCUGCUCUGGCCGGAGAUGACACGACACUCCGCCCACUGCUGGCUCACCUGGGUGAGCGCAACGCCUACCUUGUCAACAGCCCCGACUACCAUGGUCUCCAUCCUCUCCAUCUAGCAGUGAGGAGGGGUGGGGAGCGUUGUCUGCGUUUGCUGGUGGAGGGCGGAGCCAAGAUCAACGCACCUGAACAGAAAAGUGGAAACGCUGCCCUCCAUCUUGCUGUUAAAGACAACCUGUUUAAGGUGGCCUGUUUCCUCAUUGAAGAGUUGACAGCUGAUGUUAACGUCUGUACAUUUGGAGGAAACACGCCUCUCCAUCUGGCCGCCAGUCUGGGAUCUCCGACGCUCUGCUCCAUGCUCAUUGCUGCAGGCGCUGACAAGAACUUGGAAAACGACGAGCCUCUUUUUUUCACCUCCUCUUCCUCAGAAGAAGAACAGGAAGAUGAUCAGCCAAUCAGAGAUCAGGUCAAAGGGCAUGAGGCUUCCUUGCAGCCAGUCAACCCUCGUAAGAGGCUGGCAUGCGGACACACUCCUCUGGACUUGGCUAAAUGUCAGAAGGUGAGGAACCUUCUAGACUCUAGACCGAGUCCAAAGAGCCGUCACAGCAGUAAAAAGACCAAAGCCAGCAGGAGUGAAGAGAUGGAAACCACGGAAGUACUGGAUGACGAGACGGUGGUCCGGCUGGCGGAGGUCCUGGUUGAAGGUCAGGUCACCUGGAAGAAACUGGCAGAGAAACUGGGAAUGAUGAGUCUGGCUCACCUUUACCAAGACAGUCCAUUGCCCUGCCAGCACCUCCUGCACAACUACCAGUUGGGUGGAGGCCCAGUGCAAGGCUUGGUGGAAGCUCUCCAGUCUCUGGGUCUGAUGGAGGGAGUGAGACUCCUGAAAAACACCAAAGUCCAACAAGAGAAACAUACCACAGAAACCACAGUUGACAGUGGAUUUGGCAGCCAACCAAUGGAGGAAGAGAUGGAGGAGCCCACCUUGGCCAAUCAGUGAGGAGCAGAGGACCAAUACACUUUAAUGAAAUUCAUCUCAGUUUCCUGGGCUGAAGCGUUUAAUCCAGCGAACCAUGUUUUAUAUUUAGAACACAACAGAAGAUACACAACAAACACACACACACACACACGUUUUCUUUCUCUCUCCGUUAUUUAAAAACAAAAGGUGAAUUUCCAUGAACGAUCAAACUGUUGCUCUUUUUGGUAAAGGCUUUCAGGACAGAAAAUCCUGCAUCUGUUUUUUCUUGGAAGUGCAGAAAAAAUAAAUAUACAGAAUGCUGUCAGUGUUUCCAUUAAUAAUGUCUAUUUCGUUUGGUUUCUCUUUUUAACCAAAUACAGAUGUACAGUCUUGACAGUAUCAACAUGUAGUGAAACAUCACAUCUUUGUGAUGUGAAGUAUUUUAAGUUUGUGUCUUGUCAUUUUGUUGAAUAAAAAAAACUCUCAUUCCAAAAUGUAUUUAUU